AUGCCAUUGGGAAUGUUUCCUUUCAAGCUCGUCUAUGGGAAACCUUGCCAUUUGUAUACUGAACUUGAACAUAAGGCAUUUUGGGCAAUUAAGAAAUUGAACAUGGAUUUGAUUAUUGCUGUCAAUAACCGACUACUGGAGUUGAAUGAGAUGGAGGAAUUCAGAGCUCAAGCUUAUGAAAAUGCCAAACUGUUGAAACUUUUUCCUAGCAAAUUGAAAUAUCGUUGGUCUGGCCCAUUCAAGAUCAUGCAUGUUUACGCUCAUGGACCUGUAGAAGUCAAAGAUGGCAAGACUCGCUUUAAUUUCAAAGUCAAUGGUCAACGUUUGAAGCAUUAUUGA